GGGAGGUCCUUCCCUGCCUGCCGCCGCGCGGGGAGUCCGGCAGGCCGUCUGUGGGUUUGCCGUCGGGGGCGGCGAGAUGGGCAGCGGCGGCGUCAACCUGGAGAAGCACAGCCUGGCGCUGCUGGCCGCCAAGGGCGACGUGGCGAGCGGGAGAGCGGCCGCUAGCUGGGCCCUCUUUUCGUACGAAAAAGCCAACGAGCUGAAGCUCCUGGACUCUGGAGCCGGGGGCCCAGAUGAGCUGGCCAGGCGCUUCCAGAGCGGGAGCGUCAUGUACGGGCUGUGCCGCCUCCCAGGUGCCGCCACGGGGCAGCAGCACGUGGUCCUCAUCAGCUGGGUUGGCGAGAAGGUCUCGGAGCAGCAGAAGCAGGCCUGUGCCGGGCACCUGCCCGCCAUCCGAGCCUUUUUCAAGGAAGCCCGCCUGGUGGUGAAGGCGUCUCGAGCGGAGGAGGUGACCCAGGACGGGCUGAGGCACUCUCUGUCCCUAGUUGCCCCGCCAGGGGGUCCCGAGACCACGAAGAAGGUGCCACUCGGUGACCCUCAGGAGCUGGUGGGCACCAACUAUAAGAAGACCAACCCAGCGCUGGAGAUCCUCCGUACCAAGAGGGACUCGUUCUGGGCGCAGGCAGAGAGGGAAGAGGAGCAGAGGCGGGAAGAGGAGCGCCGCCGGGCGCAGGAGGAGAGGCGGCGCUGGGAGCGGCAGCGCAUGGAGGAGGAGCGCCGGGAAGCGGCCGAGAGGGAGCGUCGCGUGCAGGAGAAGGAGCAGCUCGUCCAGGAGCAGAGGAAACAACAGGCCCAGCUGGAGGCAGAGGAGCGCAGGAAGGAGCAAGCCCGAUGGGAGCAGCAGCAGCAGGAGCGAGAGAAGGCGCUUGCAGAACGGGGUCCCCUGAGCGGCUCUGCUGAGAAGGCCACUGAGGCGGCUGCGCUGGCCUCGCAGCGCCCCCACGACCCCCGAGACUUCUUCCACCAGAGGGAACGCUCAGGCUCCGCGGUGGGUGUCCCAGAGUCGCCGUCUCCCACGGGAAGCCGGCCAGGACCGCCGCGACGCCCUUUUCUCCGCCACCAGCGCAGCCUGACGGAAUCGGCCUACAUCUUCCGGGGGCCGGAUCCUGCCCCUGCCAGGCGCCCGUCGGGAGACUUCUUGCCCUCGCCCUCCCCUCGCUCCCCGCAGGCGGCCCCUCUCCCGAGCCCCCGUCUCGCCAAAACCCCACCCGUCAGAAACCAGGACCCUGAGCCCAGAAGCCCCCCACCUCCAGCCCCUGUCCCUGAGAGGACCCCCGUCGCCCCUUCCCCGACCCCACUCCUGGCAUCUGCCCUGCUGGACUCAGGGGACCCUGCCAGGACCCAGCCGCUUGCUGAGGCUUUGGCCCCCCUGGAGGCACUCAGGGGCCCCCCACCCCACCCUCUGCCAGCAGAGUCUGGCCCCAGUCCCCUUUCACCCCGCAUGGGGCAGAAGGGACCCCCUGCAUCAGCCACAGUGCUGGCACGGAGUCGCCCUCCCCGGGCAACGCUCCCCUGGCAAAGUCCCCACCUCCAGCCCACGUGCCCCACGGCCUCCCCACAGAAACAGGCUCAGCGGAGCAAACGGAGCAGCUGUCCCUUCUGUACGAAGGAGGGUCCUCUGUCCUCAGCAGCCCCCCUGAGGAAGCCCAGCCCCACGCUGAGGUCAGGGACCCCGCCUCCUUCCCGCACCCAGAUCUCGGAGGGCCCCCCACGGCCGGUGCUCCUGAAGUGGUGGGUGGACGCGAGUUCAGCAGGAGCCCCAAAGCUGCGGCUCCCCCACUGGGAAAGGAUCCUGCGGCAGAACCUGACUCAGCCCCAUACUCUGGGUUCAAUGGGACGUCAGCCUUGGAAGAGGAGAGCUGGCCCCGAGGGCAGGGGACGCCAUCCGUCGAAGCCAAACUCCCCGAGGAAUCAGCCUGGGAUCCCAGAGCAAGUGGCAGCCAGGCCCCCCGUGGCAGAUUCCGGAGAGGAGGGAGAGGACCCCUCCCUGUCCACAGGAAGGGCUGGAGAAUACUAGUUCAAAUACUCCUGUGCACCCCCCAUGGACCACCAUUCCCCCCCCCACCUGCUUGCUUUUGCUUGGAUGAGCCCCUUCUCACCUGCCUGCAGCCAUUUUCUGCCACCCCCCCUUCGAGAAGCAACUCUGCCCCUGCUUUUGUCUUUCCCAAUAAAGGAAAAGUGG